AUGCUGUCGCGGACGCUAGCAACCGCUGCUCGACGAGUAGUCGCAUCAGCAGCUCCUCGCGUCGCCACCCGCCAGAUUCUCAACCCGGCCGCCAGCAUUGCGCGCCGAUCGUACCACGAGAAAGUGUUGGACCACUACAGCCGACCGCGCAACGUAGGCUCUAUGCUCAAGUCUGAUGCCGACGUUGGUACCGGCCUAGUCGGCGCCCCAGCAUGUGGCGACGUCAUGAAACUUCAGAUCCGGGUCGAUCCGAAGAGCAACACCAUAUCCGACGUAAAGUUCAAGACCUUUGGCUGCGGCAGCGCUAUCGCAAGUUCGAGCUACUUGACAGAGCUGGUGAGAGGCAUGACGCUCGAGGAGGCAGGCCGUAUUAAGAAUACCGAGAUUGCCCAAGAACUUUGCCUACCGCCCGUCAAACUUCAUUGUUCUAUGUUAGCCGAGGAUGCCAUCAAAUCUGCUAUCUCCAACUACUACAGCAAGAACCCUCAUGCCAAGCCAACAAAUCUCGCUGGUACUGGAGCAAAGAUGCCCAGUAUUAGCGAGGCCGCGACGGCAACUGCUUAA